AUGAGGAAACUGAUGAAGGCGACGAAGAAGAGCCAAAAAAGCGGCAGUAACAAGUUCCAAGAAAAUGUCCGGAGAAAGGAAACGGGCAAGGAGGAACCGUCAGCGGCGGAGUUGUGGGAUUUGGGGAGCCCGCUGUACGAUUCCCACGAAGUGGUGUCGGUCAUCCAUUUGAUCGACCGCCACCUGAUGGCUCUGCCGUCGUCAUUGGGCAACGGCGGAUCGAAGCGGCUCAGUAGAAAGUUCUCCUCGUCGACGUUGGGCCGCAAACAGGCUGUAGUUGUCCCGGCCCCACCUUCUCCAACUAGCUCCACCGGAGGAGGGGAUAAUGAUGAAACUAUUGCUGCCGCUGGAGGUGGCGGUGGUUCUUCUGAAGAUCGUCGGUCGAAGGUGGGUGGGAUGUUGGGUUUCGUGGGCAAGAAGCUAAGGAACAGAAACGAGAAGAAGAAGAAAAUUAGUAGAAGGAGCGGUAAGGAAGGUAAGCAGCAGCGGCCGGCAAAGGGCAAGAAAUCUGCAGGGGUGAUCAUUGCUUGCUUUGGGCGCAAGAAAUGCUGAUUCAGGGUUCAGAAUUUGUAAUUUGCGCGGGUUUACGGUUUACCCGUACAAUUGUAGUUGUUUUCAUACGCUCUAGAUCAGCAGACGUGGGUUCAAUCCGCUUGGAAGCGUUAUUUCCCUCUUUCUGUAAAAUUUUCACCGUAGUCCCUCUCUCUUCCAUCUCCAUCAACUGAAAAGUGAACAAUUUCAUGUGGAACUUUUUUCUUGAGUUGAAAGCA